UCUCCUAAUAUGUUAAUCGGACUAGCACUACUUCCUACUCCAACCGUGCAUUCAUGGCCUUCAUAAAUGAAUUUCCCGUUGUGGGUUGCGUGCUCUUAAAUAGACACAAGCUUCUGGAGAUGGCAAAGCUCCUCAAGAUCUUCUUCUUUCUCAACAUACUCAGAUUGUCUCAAGGUGGGGCCCCUAAUUUCAACUACCCAUUUCUGAAAAAGGCAAGCACUUUCAGAGGAGUUGGUGGAUAUGAUUACAUAAUAGUAGGAGGUGGAACAGCUGGGUGCCCUCUGGCUGCUACACUCUCACAGCAUUACAAUGUGUUAUUACUGGAGAGAGGGGGAUCUCCUUAUGGCAAUGUAAACAUAUCCCACAUGCAAAACUUCCACAUCUCUUUGGCCGAUGUAGCUCCUAAUUCACCCAACCAAGCCUUCAUUUCCACUGAUGGUGUCAUUAAUGCGAGGGCCAGGGUCUUGGGUGGUGGCACUUGUUUAAAUGCUGGCUUCUAUACCAGAGCUAGCCCAAGAUACGUCCACGAGGUGGGUUGGGACGGCGAGUUGGUGAACCAGUCAUACCCAUGGGUCGAGAAGCAGGUCGUUCAAUGGCCUGCUCUUGUGCCAUGGCAACAGGCUUUCAAGGAUGGUCUCCUCGAUGCUGGGGUCUCACCCUACAAUGGAUACACAUACGACCACUUGUAUGGUACAAAGAUUGGUGGGACCAUAUUCGAUAAGGAUGGAUUCCGGCACACUGCUGCCGAUCUUUUGGCCUCGGCAAACUCCAACAAUCUUAAGGUCUUGAUUCAUGCCAGCGUGCAGAAGAUCGUCUUCGACAAGAGAGGGAGGAAGCCGAAGGCGAUCGGAGUAAUUUUCAAGGACGAGUAUGGGAAGCUUCACCAAGCAUUCAUCUCAAGGCGGAAGAAGAGCGAGGUGAUACUGACUUCAGGAGCGAUAGGGAGCACACACCUACUGAUGCUAAGCGGUAUCGGGCCCGUAUCUGAGCUGAAGAGGAUGAACAUUGAAGUGGUGUUAGCUAAUGAGUUCGUCGGCAAAGGAAUGUCUGACAAUCCAAUGAACACGAUCUUCUUGCCCACAAAAGGCCCAGUGCAGCAAUCCCUCAUCCAGAUCGUCGGGAUUACGAAGAUGGGGUCGUUCAUCGAGGCUAGCAGCGGGUUCGGUCAGUCCUCUGAUAGCAUUCAGUGCAACCAUGGGAUCAUGUCAGCAGAGAUAGGGCAAUUAUCAACCAUCCCACCAAAGCAGAGGACCCUCGAAGCGGCCCGGGCUUACAUGCAAAACAAGCAGGAGCUACCACGUGAGGUGUUCAAGGGUGGGUUCAUACUAGAAAAGAUUGCGAGACCGCUGUCGACGGGCCACAUUAGCCUGAUCACCAAUAACAUCGAAGAUAAUCCCUCGAUCACCUUCAACUACUUCAGCCAUCCAGAGGAUCUUCGAAGGUGCGUCAAUGGCAUACAGACGAUGGAGAGGAUCGCGCAGUCCAAACACUUUAAGGACCUCACCGCCGACGAUGAGUACACCAUGGAGGUGAUCUUGAACAUGAGUGUCAAGGCUAACGUGAACCUCAUUCCUAAGCACACUAAUGAUACUGUAUCCCUAGAGCAGUUUUGUAAGGACACUGUGAUUACCAUAUGGCAUUACCAUGGAGGAUGCCACGUUGGCAAGGUCGUGGGCCCUGAUUAUAAGGUUAUCGGCGUGAAUGCGCUUCGGGUCAUUGAUGGGUCGACGUUCGCCGACUCGCCGGGAACGAAUCCUCAGGCCACUGUUAUGAUGCUGGGAAGGUAUAUGGGAGUGAAACUGUUGAGAGGGAGAUUAGGAAGAGCAGCUGGGGUUUAAAAAGCGCCCACUGGAAGUAGCAUUUGUUGUGCAGCAGAAUGAUAUAUUUUUCUCUUCCUUUUUAUCUAAGAAUU